UUCUCUCCUUCAGUUCAAUUUUCGGAUUUGAUGUGUGACCGGUGAGACGUUCUGUUCCGUGCAGCAAGGUUAUUCAAGGACUUUUAAAUUACUGUUCUGCAUCUAAGUACUUCUUAGAACUUGUCAUUUUUUAAAAUUCCAAGAUGAAUGUCUGCUUAGUUGUUAUCGAUGGUUGGGGUAUUUCUGAUAUUAAGGAAGGAAAUGCCAUUGCAAAUGCAAAUACUCCGGUGAUGGACGAACUUGCAAAAUCUCCGGGCCAAUAUGUCACUUUGGAUGCAUCCGGUUUGUCUGUCGGUUUACCCGAAGGAUUAAUGGGAAACAGUGAAGUAGGCCACAUGAAUAUUGGUUGUGGCCGAGUAAUGUAUCAAGAUAUUGUGAGAAUAAACAUGGAUGUUAAAAACAAGAAGCUCGUCGAAAAUCCAAAUUUUGUGGAAUGCUGUAAUAAUGCUAAGUCCGGCACGGGGCGAUUGCAUUUGCUUGGAUUGGUAAGUGACGGAGGAGUUCAUGCUCAUAUUGAACAUCUUUUCUCACUUCUAGAGUCUGCAAAACAACUUGGAGUACCUAACACAUUUAUUCAUUUCUUUGGAGAUGGACGUGACACAAGUCCUACUAGUGGCGUUAAAUAUGUCCAACAAGUUUUGGAUAAAGUAAAGAGCUUAGGAUAUGGCACCUUAUCCACCAUCUGUGGUCGAUAUUAUGCUAUGGAUCGAGAUAAUAGGCAUGAGAGAAUUAAGCUUGCUUUUGAAGGACUAGUUCAAGGGAUUGGCGAGGCGACUACACCAGAUCAAGUCGUUUCUCUUAUCCAGAAGCGUUAUGAAGACCCAACUGAUGCACAAACUGAUGAAUUUUUAAAACCAAUAAUUGUUGAUAAAAACGGUCUGAUUCAGGAUAACGAUACCUUGGUUUUUAUCAAUUACCGAGCUGACAGAGUUCGACAGAUUUCUGAAGCUUUUGGCAUUCAAAGGCAGUUUGAAACUGCCAAAGUCCCUAAAAACCUGAAGAUAUGUACCAUGACCCAGUAUAAGAAAGAAUUUCCAUUCAGUAUUUUAUAUCCUCCAGUGGUACCUGUGAAUGUCUUAUCAGAGUGGAUUUCCAAGAAAGGUUUACCUCAGUUCCACUGCGCUGAGACUGAGAAGUAUGCCCAUGUUACCUUCUUCUUCAAUGGAGGACAGGAAAAAGCUUUUGAUAAAGAAGACAGAUUGAUGGUUCCAUCUCCUAAAGUUCCAACAUAUGAUUUGAAACCUGAAAUGAGUGCUAUUGGUGUUGCAGAAGAAAUGGUAAAGGUUAUUAAUGAAAAGAAAUACCCAUUUGCAAUGUGUAACUUUGCCCCACCUGACAUGGUUGGCCAUACUGGUAAAUAUGAGCCUGCAAUAAAAGGAGUUGAAACAACUGACAAGGCUAUAGGAAUGUUAGUUGAAGCUUGCAAGAAGAAUGACUAUGUCCUGUUAGUUACUGCUGAUCACGGUAAUGCAGAAAAAAUGAUUGGAGAAGGUGGUGGUCCUCACACAGCUCACACUACAAAUCGUGUACCAUUCUGCAUGACGGGUCCAAAGAAAUUCAAGGAAAUCAAGCAUAAUGCUGCUCUCUGUGAUGUUGCUCCUACAGUUUUAGGUUUAAUGGGCCUUGAUCAACCUUCAGAAAUGUCGGGCCAGAAUCUUCUAGCUUAAUUUGUCCAAUUAUAUUUAAUGUUUGCUGUACUUUAUAUAUUUAUUUGAGUUUUAUAUAAAUAUAUAUAUCCUUUAAUCUAGUUUGGAAGGAUGUUGCUUAAAUAUUGAAACUAUGCACAAAACUCCUUCAUGAAGAAUUCUCAUUUAAAAAUUUUUCCAUCUAAACCAUUAAAUAUCCAGAAUAUUUGUUAUGUUGUGUUUAUAAAAAUAUUUAUGAAAAAAAAAUAUUGGAAAUUGUUUACCAUUUUUGAGUUUUUGUAGGAUUGUUGUUAGUAUUAUAGUAUGUUAGUUAUUAGCAGUUCAUGUAAAAAAUGUUGAAUAUUAGAAAUGAUUAUGUUCAAACUUGAUGAAAAGAAGUUAUAUAUUUCAAUGGAGAAAUCAUUUUUGUGUAAUAUUCCAGUUCACAUCUAAAUGUACAUCUGUAAAUAUUACAUAUCUAUUAUAAAAAGAAAUAUUAUUGUUUAGAUAAAAUUCUAUUUGUAGCAAUAUAGUUUAGUUGUUAUAUUAUUUUGUGGAAUUAUUACUAUUAUCAAAAAGAAGUUUUGUAUUUUAUGAAAUUACAGUUUUGGUAUAUGAAAGCUUUUUGUAAAAUUCUAAUUGA